AUGGAAGUUAAUAGCGGAUCAUCGACAUCCUUCUGGUUCGAUAAGUGGUCGCAGUUGGGAGUCUUGAUAAAUCUUACUGGAGAAAGAGGCUGUAUCAGACUUGGGAUUCCGAUCAACGCUACGGUGGAGAGAGUUGUGCACACCUAUCGCAGGCGUAGGCACAGAAGCUCUAUCUUAAUGCAAAUAGAGCAGGAGAUUCUGUCUCUUCAAGAGCAUGGUCUUGGACAGCAAGAUGAUAUAUGUCUCUGGAUGAGGGAGAAUGGAGAAUUCAGACCAGGUUUCAUGACUUCUCAAACAUGGAAUCUAACUAGAACACACGCUCCCCGCGUCCCAUGGUUCAAUGGGAUCUGGUUAAAGGAAGCUACUCCCAAGUGGUUGCGGUUCACAACAGGUUAUCGACGGGUGAUCGGUUGCUCAGGUGGAAUCCACAAUCAAUAUCUAUUUGUUGGCUCUGCAAUGCAGCUACUGAAACGAGAGAUCACUUGUUCUUUGAGUGUGUAUUCUCUGAAGAAAUUUGGAGAGGUACGAUAA